UUUCACUUAUCGCUCAAAGACAAUCAACUAGGAGGGAUCUGAAGAGCUUUGUGCUGUCACGAUAAGGAGAUCUACAAUGAAGCAGGACGUACCACAAGAAGAGAACUAUCAAGAGCCCCUGAGGAUCAUGCUCCUAGGAAAGAGCGGCGCAGGCAAGAGCUCGAGUGGAAACACCAUCCUUAACAGAGCGGCGUUCAACUCUGACAUGAGGCUGAAGAGGGUCACAGUCCACUGUGAGAAGGAGGUUGGGCAGGUUGAGGACAGGCCGGUCGCCAUUAUUGAUACACCCGGGCUUUUUGAGAAAAAUCGAAACAAGGAGGAAAUCUUUCGGGAGAUUCUAAUGCGGGUGAGGCUCCAGGAACCAGGCCCCCACGUAUUUGUGUUUGUGGUCCCUCUAGGAAGGAUGACACAGGAAGACCAUGACACCAACACUGUGAUCGAAGCAAAGUUUGGCCCCAGAGUCUGGGACUACACCAUUGUGCUGUUCACUCAUGGAGAUCGCCUGGAACAAAAGACUAUCAAUGACGUCAUCACCGAGAGCGACGAAAACCUCCGCAACUUCCUGCGCAAGUGCAGCGGAGGCUUUCAUGUCUUCAACAACAAAACCCCAGAAGAUCAGACCCAGGUGACAAGCCUCAUGGAGAAGAUUCAGACCCUGAUGGCCCUGAACGGAGGUGGCCACUACCGCACAGAGUUUUAUCCCAGAAAAGAGAGGAAAAUCAGGACAAGACAAGAGAGCAUCCUGGCUGAGGGAGCUGCCAGCAUUCUCAAAAAGGAGGAGGACCUCAGGACCAAUUUUAAGGGGGAUGAGCUAAAGACAAAGCUGAAGGAGCUCUGGAAGAAAGAGGAUGAGCGCACAAGAAAAGCAGCUGAGAACCAGAUUGGAAAAAUGAGGGUUUUAAACUUCCUCUUGUUGGUAAUGUCGAUUAUUGUAGCCUGCAGUUUCACAGUUUCAAGUAUGUUCAUGUUAACAGCAGCUGUCAUCUGGAUUGGGUUGUUCCUGUUAAAAUAUCAAAGCUCUUCUGGAAAAAUGCCCUUCUUUUUAAAGAACAAGUAAAACUGAAAUGUGAGUUUGGUUUUAUUUUUUAAUUUUUCUUUGUAUUUCAAAUUUCAACAAAAUCAUUGUUAACAAGAUAGCAGUUAUGAAAACUCAAUGAAUUUUGUUCUUGUAUAUUAAUUUUCUUACAAAUCAUCAUGUGGAAUUAUUUUUUUCUUGUGGGGUUAUUAGUAAUGCAUGAGACAAGAAGAUUAUGAUGUGCAAACUUAUAUAAAAGCAUUCUUAUUUUUCAUGUAAACAUAGAAACUCUUUAACCAUAAAUUUUAUGUCAAACAUACACAGAUUUUUAAUCUAUUAAUCAAACUAAAAAAAUUUGAACUGAUUUGCUGCAUUGCAAAGACAUAAAUAAUUGUAACAAUUCAAAGAAAGCCUGGUGGAUGAUAAAAAGGUUUUAAAAUGAUUUUUCAGCAUAAAUAAAAGCUGGU